AUGGACGACUUGAAUGUUGUUGGUAAGGAAGUUUGUUCAGGAUCAAGUUAUUCAAACGACGAUUCUGUGGGCUUUUCUCAAGAUUGUUUUCUUGAAGACAACUUUUAUGAAAGUAGUUCUGAUAACGACGAAGAAGAUCAUUUUGUGUUACCAGCUCAARGAGUGAUUGGAAGUCCUUGYUGUGAUGGAGUUUGUAUCUCAUCUGUUCCAAGUGAAUUUCAACCGGUUGUUGGAUCAAUCUUUGCAUCUUUGGAGGAUGGAAUUGAAAUGUAUCGAAGGUAUGCCGACAUUGCCGGGUUUGAUAUUCGACUAUCAACCCAGAAGACAAGGAAGGGUGGUAUAGUCAAACUAAAAUAUGUUGUUUGUCAUAAGCAUGGGAAACCAAAAAAGAGGUCGGUUGACUCUGUUGAAGUGGAUGGACAUCGUAGACAAGUACGAAAUACAAACUUUAAAGUUACAGAUUGUAAAGCAUCUGUUAGGUUUAAAUACAUAGAGGGGUCUCAAUCAUCAUAUAGAUUAUACUAUUUUUGUCCCAACCAUAACCAUGAUUUGAUUGAUGAUGCUGAUAGAAUUUUAUCACGUAAGAGUAGGCAACUCAGCUAUGAUGACAAAGUUAUGGUUCACCGGUCGGUAAGGUCAAAUAUUGGGCCUGUAAGAGCCCACAAGUUGCAGGUUUGUUUGAAAGGUGGAUAUGAUGAAGUUGGUUCUACUGUUGUUGAUUAUAAGAAUUUCAAGAGGGAUCUCAAUAACUACAUUGGUGAUGGAGAUGUGCAAAUGGUGGUAAACAUGUUGAACGACAGAAGACAAUAUGGGACAAACUUUGYAUUUGAGUAUAAAAUUGACAAUGGUCGUUUGGUAUCAAUGUUUUGGGCCAACGAGUUGACAAGGUUGAACUAYGCAGAGUUCGGUGAUGUUAUGUCAUUUGAUGCGACAUAUCGUUUCAACAAGUAUACCAUGGUUUUUCUACCAUUCAUCGGUAUUGAUAACCAUAGGAGAUCAGUUGUUUUUGGGUCAGGAUUGAUCACUGAGGAAACUAUCCAAGCAUAUACCUGGUUGUUGGAGUCAUUCUUGAAGGUUCAUGGUCGUCAACCGACCCUUGUUUUGACUGAUCAAGAUGCUUCCAUUAAAGAAGCAAUUCCUGUUGUGUUUCCUGAUGCUAGACAUCGCCUAUGUAUGUGGCAUAUCAUGAAGAAGCUACCUGCCAAGGUAGGUUCUGAUAUCAUUUUGAAUACAAACUUCAGAAAACGGUUAUUGAAAUUAGUAUGGAGUGUACACCUUGAACCUGAUGAAUUUGAGGUUAAAUGGGCGUCUUUGUUGAAUGAGUUUGACCUUAAUAAUCACCCAUGGCUUGAGGAUGAUGAUAAAUGUGUUAAUGGUGUGAUAAUUGUGUUAAUGCAACAACUGCUUUUGACACCCAAAAUCUUGAUGCCACGACUUACCAGUGAUCACAGGAGCUGUGAUAAUGGUGUGAUAGAUGUGUUAAUUGUGUGA